GAGCUCCAGCACCUGGCAGGUGUAUCGCGUGGAGGCACUUCCUGUUGAACUUCGGUUGAAGAUUUCUUCGGUAUGGCUUCAGAGGAGUUGGAUAAAAUCAGUGUAAUAACUGACCUGUCCAAUAAAGCCAUACAGGAGUAUGAAGGCCUUCAGAAGAAGCAUGAGACCGCAACAAUGGAGUGCAAAAGGCUGGAGGAGGAGAGAAACGAGGCCAUCAAGAAGCUCAAUGAGUUCCAGCAAGUUUCUCAGAUGGUCAUCGAAGAAGUCAGUGCCAUUCAGGAGAACCUGGAGAUUGAGAGGACGUGUAGAGAAAGUGCUGAAGCCCUGGCCUCCAAGCUACACCGUCAGAAUCGCUCUCUGAAGAGGAAAAGCCUGAUGCUGCUGUCCCACCUCGGCCCAGAGAUCAUCACUGAGAUCAACCUGGAGGAUGAAGAGGACGAAGAGGAGAAGGGAGAGCUACAUGAAUCUAACAAGGUCUGCCUCUCCCCCCAGUGCCAGACCAUCAUCUCAGAGCUUCAGAGUAAGCUGGAUCUCACACUGAAAGAGAAACAUCAAGCUGUGUCAGAUCUGGAGGCAGUCAGAGAUCAACUGAAGCAAACCAGAGACGAGCUGCUGAAGGAGAAACAUGAUAACACAGUUUUGAUUGCUGAGACGCUGCAGCAGAAGAAACUGCUGGGCAAAUAUAACAGAGUGUCUCAGUUUGCCGUGGAGGAGUUUGAAGUCUUACAGGACACCCUAAACCUGGAGCGGGACCUGAGGACAGAGGCAGAGAAGUUUGCCAGAGCGAUGAUGGUUGAGCAAAAGCAGUUAAAGAGACAGAGUCAGCUCCUGAUGCAGAGCUCAUCGCCCAGCCAAGCUCUACAGGAAGCCCUGAGCCAGGUCACCAGACUGACCAACGAGCUGGAGUCCCAGAGGCUGGAGCACCAGGACCAGAUGAAGCAGAUGGAGGACAGGCUGACGGGCUGUGAGGCUCAGAAGGAGCUCACAGCAUUGAGACGUAAACUGGAGCUCAUGGAGGAUGAGAAGACGGACUACCGGGAUAAAUGCUCCAAGGCUGAAAUAGAGGUCAAAGAUCUACGCUUCACAGUUGAAGAGCUUCAGAAGAAACUUCAGGCAGCUACCAAUCCUCCUCCAGCUCCAGCACCUCCACCUCCCCCACCGCCUCCUCCUCCCCCAGCUCCAGCACCCCCGGCCUCCAACCCACUCAGUUCACUGUUGUCGUUGAUCCGAAAGAGAAGAGAUGUUAGUGCUGAAAUCCCACUGGAGGUCAAAGACUCCGCCAAGACACCAGAGGUGGACGUCAGGCAGCAGGCCGUUGAUGAAAUGAUGCAAAGGAUCAAGAAAGGUGUUCGGCUUCGGCCUGUCGGUCAAUCACCCACCAGGACCAGAAGACAGAUGGAGAGGCUGCCCUCUAAUUCUGCCUAUCAGGAACUUAAAGGAAUCAUGGAGAGUUUCAAUAGAACCUCCCCCCAGCCAAAGACGGCGGCUCCACCAACAAACGACCAAAGCGAGGAGCUGCAGAGGAUCCUGCUGAAACGGCGGGGUGCACUGGAGUCCUAACACGUUACAAUGUCACAUCCCCGUCUCCUCCCCUAACGCUACGAAGCUGCAGCUAUGUUGAAAUUCCACCAGGACAUGGGCAUCCAAAGACAACGUGAAGCCAAAUCAAUGUGAAGAAUUUAUUUAAGAUGCUGCAUUUAGAAGAAGAAGGGUUAGUAGUGCAGCCACGUGGAUCCUGUGUGGUUUUUCUAGAUGAGGGAAAAUAAAAUGAGAGCAGACAUUGUGGCUGUGAAUCCAGCCGGAGAUUACACAGCACGAGUGUAUCAGUGAGUUAUAUUGAGGCCAUUUAAUUUCAGUGAAAUGAAAGACGUGCAUCCCACACCGCCUUUUCAGGGUUCAUUCAGCUCUUUUUGUAGCAGCGAAGGUGAAGCCCAAUUUAUUGUCUGCACGGCGAGGAGCAGCUCCACAGGUUGUGCAGCCUUGAGCCUCUGCCAAAGCAAAGUAUGUCUCUGAAUUGUUCUGUCUGAACCAGUGUUAACCUUGUAGCCCCCCACGGAGCAAUUACAGGCCGCUGUGACACACUUUGUUUCCGCUGCUCCACCAACACACCCCUACCUUCUCGGGACACCAUUUCAUGGCGGGCACAGCCUCCUCGCCUUUAAACAUGCCGAUUCAAGGAUAUUAGAACCAAUCAGGGAGCAGACGGCUUUAUCAGAGCGCCAGGUUCAGAGGAAAUUUAACCCCAAAACUGCUUCACAAACAAAUCAAACAUGAGGUCCACAAAGUGGCACUGACAAGAAUGCUAGAAUAGAAAUUCAUUUGAUUUCAUUUAUUUUAUUUUUCAAGACAAAUAUGAUUACAAUUUCAUCAGCAUGGUGAGGACUGAUUUUUAUGACCAGACCACAUUAUUGUAAUUAUUUUAUACAAAUAAUCAGCACUGUACAGAAGCCUCACGUGGCAAAUUAGACAAAUCAUUGGAAUAAAUUAUUUCCUCUCUCCUGUGAAUGACUAAAGACAGUGUGUCUAUCUAUCUAUCUAUCUAUCUAUCUAUCUAUCUAUCUAUCUAUCUAUCUAUCUAUCUAUCUAUCUAUCUAUCUAUCUAUCUAGGUCAAUGACAUAUAUGGCUCCAAAAAAAAUUAGAAGAAAAAAAAAAUCAAAUGGAUUUAGUACAUGUUUUUUUUCCCAUUUGGAAUUAUGUAUUGUAAAAUGACUUUUUAAAGUGAUUAAAUUUAUACAUUUUUUUAAGUAUUUUUGACUUUAACGUCCGAAAACCAUCAGGCAGCGCAACUAGGAAUCUGUCAAAAUAUUUGUAUUUUUCUUAUUUCUGAUU